GCGAAAUGCCGAACGGUUGUUGUCAACGAUUCCCCUCAAAGGGGUGUUUUGAUCGUAAAUUUAGGGGGUUCGAGGAGGACACAAUGACAAAGUUCGUCGUUUGGACGAAAGACAAGGCUUUUGGUGUGGACGACCCCAAACCCAUAUCCAAAAAAAUUAAGUGGAAACUCCAAUAUGUUCCUUUUGACGGGAUACCCUUCAUGGUGGUGGGGAGGAGGGUCUACUCCUGUCACCAAGGGGUGGACAAGCACAAACAUGAAAAACUGACAAGACAACUACAACUGCUUGAUGACCACUCAGACCAUUGUUAUGAAGAGAGGCGACGUCUUCAAGACUCGAAGAAACUGGACUGCCCAGCCAGAAUAUAUGUGGUUCAUCUAAUCAGAUUCCCUGAUUACAAGAUACCUGAUGACAUUCAUAAACAGAGGAAGGAGAGCGCUGGGCGUCUGAGAUGUGCCUUAACAAAAAACCCAUCAGCAGUGACGCUUGAGGAGCAAUAUGUUGCCUGCUUCCCAAGGAUCGAGGAGCACAAAAACCAUCCUGUGGUAGGAGAGGUUCGUGAGCCAGUGGACACUAGCAGCACCCCUCCCAGUGACAGCAUCAUUCCUCACAAAGACACCAGCAAGACAAAGAAAAGGCGAAGGUGUGAGAGCUUACUGCGUGAAAUUUCAGAUCUCACUUACCAUCUACAGGAUGAGCCAUUUCUGGAGUCCUUGACUGUUCGCCUGAAUGACCUUUUGGAGGAUGUGAGGCGUCAUACCCCUCACGAUGACGACACCCGUCCACUGUCUGACACACCUCCAUCCAAAAAAAUGAGAUACCUUGAAACCCUCAGCAUAAUUCCCAAAAAACAUCCAUCUGGAAAGUUUGGCCAUUGUGCUGAAGCAAUGAAAGCAAGCUUCAAGCCUUAAACGCAGAUGUAAUGUAGUUUUUUUGCUUGUUGCAUUGGGUUGCAUAAAUAUUUGCAUGACAUUCUUUAGUGUUUGUUAUUGUUCCUUGCAUUGUUCCUAUUAAUGACCACAAAAUAAUCAUUAAAAACAUGUUUUUCUGAUAAUGGACGCUGAUUGCCUGAGACCUUGUUCUCCUCAGUUCUCCUCCUAAUUUUAAAGCUUUAAUUCUACAAUAUCUAAAAACAGCUUUAUGUUUGAAAAAUAAGAAGGGUGUAAAUUUGUUGUGAUUUAUCUUUAUAUAUUGUUUGUUUAUGCACAUUUUGCUUAUCCUAAUGUUUACCCUGGCUGUAUUUGUAAUUUUAGUAAAAUAAAUAAGAAUGAAAGAAAUGGAUUUAUAAACCUUUACCACUUUAACAGUUAAUUUAAUUUAAAUGAAUUAAUA